UGGGGCUUGACGGGCCUUCUGCGGGGGCCCGGGGGCGGCGCGCAGAGCCGCCAGCGGCCUGCUGCCAUCGUCUUUCACUUGCUGGGCAUGUCAGCGGGCUGCGGAGCGCAGAGCGUGCCAGGGCGGAGGGCAGGCCGCCGGCAGCCAGCCCCGCCGCGCCCGGGCAAGGGGAGACGCGGCGGCGGCGGGCGGGGAGAGAGGGCCCGGCUGGGCCCGCGUCGCCAUGGCGACGGCGCGGGGCUGCUGCCAUGGCGGAGCAGGAGGGGAACGGCGAGGAUGGCACAGUAGCUGAAAUUGAGAAAAAGAUUAUAGAAGCUUUUGAGGUGUUUGACCAUGAAUGCGAUAAAACUGUGGAUGUCAGAGAGGUUGGUCCAAUUGUCAGGUCACUGGGUUGCUUCCCAACUGAGGCAGAGCUCCAUGAACUGCUUGCAAAGGUAGAAGAAGAAGAGCCGACUGGAUACAUUCAUCUGGAAAAAUUUCUCCCAGUGAUGACAAAAGUACUACUCGACAGAAGCUACCAGCCUAUUCCAGAAGCUGUUCUUCUACACGCAUUUGAGGCUUUGGAUGAAAAUAAAUGUGGAUAUAUUACUAAAGAGGAGCUGGUCAAAUACUUGACUGAAGAAGGUGAGCCCUUUACUCAGGAAGAAAUGGAAGACAUGCUUUCCACUGCUCUAGAUCCAGAAACAAAUGCUGUUCGCUACAGGGACUACAUUUCAAUGAUGAUAGUAGAUGAUACUUAAGAUCUUCCCCUUUAGUGAUUGAGAUACCUUUUGGUAACUACCAUGUAGCUUGGCAGUUAGUCGAAGUAUGUAUUUUAAAGUAUAACAAAGCUCACCUUGUGAAUUUGUGCUUAAAAUUAAAAUAAAAUCUGUGUAGCUGUA